UACAGUAAACUCAGUACAAGUUUUAUUUUCAUCGUGAAAGAGUGCUUCCCAAUUCAUAUUGAAAAAAUGCAGUCAUUCUUUGGCCUGUGUAUAGGAGCUUUGUGGGUGUUUUUUUCAGUUCAAGGUUCAGCCCAUUUUAUUCACCAUGGCAAAAAACACUUUCCGAAUCCAAAAUUUGAAAUUUUUCAUCCGAAAGGAGUAACCAUAUCGUACCCCGUAUUAUGGGGAAUGGUGGGAUUUGAUAUUAGGAUAUACUUGAAUAAACAGUUUCCCUCUGACGUUACGCCAUAUGAUAUAUGUCUCAACACCACAGUUCCCGUGAACGGAAUAUUUAUUAUAAACGACGAAAAUGCUUUUAUUCGAACUGGUGAUAAUCUAAAGGUUGAAAUGCUGCUGCUAAUGAACGAUGGGUGUGUUUAUGGAUUCAGGAAAGAGUUUUACAUGAACGAUAACCUCAUCUAUCGUAUCAAUCAAACAACACCUGUUUCCCCCAAUCAGAAUAAUCAAACCAGAAUUACGCAGCUCGAAGAAGAAAUUAAGCUGCUGGAAGGCAUUAUACAUGACAUGGCCAUGAACAGCAGCAGAAGCAACAAUCUGUACUUGAAUUUCCGUCCAGAGCCGGCUUUUCUUGACCCGCAGAAAUUGCACGACUACACUUUGGAGAUGCUACAGGAAAAACUUCCUAAGAUUAACUGGACGACUGCACUGAGGAGUGUUUUUUACUAUAAUGACGGAAUAGGGUUCGAGAUGAAGACUCCGCUAGACAAAUUAAAGGUACUACAAAUGUCCAAAAACUUGGUUCAUUACACAAUUACUGAUUUGGAUACAUUGGUUGAGGCGACUGAUGACGAUAGUGAUGAAAAUAGCCCAAUUACGUUUCAUAAGAGCAAUCAACACAAAAAUUAGUAGGGCAACUAUUAGCGUGAGUUAUUCUUAUAUAAACAUCAAGCAACCAUAAAUUAGAUAGCUUUGAUGUUUUGUUAACAUAUUCUGUAGGUAUUUCUGCUCUUUUACUCUAAUUUAUAAACUAUUUUAAAUUAUAAACGUAAGCAAAACAUAUUCAAAUGAACUUCUCUUAGAAUCUUGGCAAUAAAAAUACGUAUGCUAAUUUAAACUCUUUUAUAUGGAGUAUUACGAUCUUUUCGAAUAAUAUCGAAGCCUGGACAAGCCAUGUUUCAUUGAUACAAAUAAAUAUUCUUAUAAUGUA